GUGACUAUGGUAUACCGCCAUUAUUGAACAAACCGAAUUGUAUGACCUUCAGGUGCGACAAUACCUUUUUCCGUGUACGUUUGGUUGGGCCGAAUUUUAGGAUAUAAAUCAUAUUGCCUGUUGUCCUGUACUGGCCUGUAUUUGGAUCUUGUUUACACUAGUUGUCACCAUUUAAUCUCAUCAAAUGUUAUGAAUGAUACAUUUCAUGCCAGUCAAAACCAAUAUGCCAAAGGUGAUUUGUGAUUCCACUUUACUAUAGAUGCAACUUUCUUGCUACAUAAUAUAUUCUAUUUUUGCUUUUAAAAUGUUUACAUGAGUAAACACCGGGUUUCAAAGUAGGUUUUUGCAACAAAUUGGCACUAAACCGCACUUGUAAAACUCGCGACUUCAUAUUACAGUGGGUGUCAAAAUUAAAGUGGCCUUUGAAAAGCAAAAAAUGUCGACAAAUCAAGAUACCAAAAUUACUGUAUUCCAAGUUUUACCACAGUCUUAUCCCUUACUUGGUGUCAGCUAUAACAGUAUCAGUUCCUGCAUACCGAGUUCUGCUGGGCACCCCUGGCUUUCAGAUGGUGUGGCACGUUUUACGGAAGUUGUUCAGAGGUGCGUCAUUUUAGAUGAGAAAGUAUCAUGUUCCGGAACAUCUACCGAACACAGAAAUAAUGGAGACUGUAUUAAGCGCUCGGAGGCUAUUUACAAGACACUGAAUAAUGCUUUUAGUGACCUUAUUUCUGUCCCGACCUGUCAACCAAAUUGGGAAUACGAUGUUUCUAAUGCAGAGUAUAUAGAUUUUCAGGAGUAUCAAAUAGACUUGAUGAAGAGAUUUUGUCAUGUGGAUGAAUCUGUUUUGAUUAGCAUAGCUGAAAAUCUGCAAAAAUGUUUAAACUCAACUCACUGUUCUCCUAACGGGAGCACAUGGUUACUCCACUUAUUCGUGAUUGCAUUUUUCGUUUCUUAUGUUCAGCAUUUUCAAAAACUACCCUCACGGAGCUUGAUGUUGUCCAUUUUUGAACUGUCUCCGGACCCGGUUAUUUUUCAUCAGUUGUAUGCUUCGCUACUCCCCGAAGUUUUAUCUAUUCCAGAUCACCGUCAAGGUGAAUAUAUAUUGAACUUCUUAAAGAACUCUACUCCUUCCCACUGUUAUACACUUCUUUGUAAACUCUGUACCUUGGAUUCUAAUUGGCCAGUCGAUUCAUAUUCUGUCUUGGAAUUUCUUUUUGAUCCAUGUUUAGUCUAUGUAUCUUCAACUCCAGAAUUGUCUCCUAGUCAAUUGUUUGUAGCUGUUGUGAAUAAAUUUUACCAUGAUGCUCAAAAAGAUUCAAAUCUUCGGAAAUCAAUAAAAUUCACAAAUAUGAUUGUUAAAUUCUUACGAAAUUAUGCAAGUUAUUAUUCAUCAUUACAAUAUCCAGAGGAAUCUCAAAUUAUUUUGAAACAAUUGGCAAAUGAGAAUUCCACUUUUCUCCGAAAUACAUUAAACAAUUUUGUUUGUUAGAAAAAACUAAUGUUUUUGUGCGAAUAAUUUCUGUACUAUUCAUUAGAAAAAUGUAUCUGGUGAAAAUGCUCA